AUGGCCUUAGGCGGCGCACAGCCUUCAUUUCUGACCAAGAUGGCCAAGUCCUUCGUUAGUUAUGGGGUUCCUGGCACUUACCACUACUCCGAGGCCGUCCUCGCUGAAGGUUUCGAGGCAGCCAUUGAAUUGACAGGGGAUAAGUCUCUGGCUGCCUGGUACAAGAACCAGAUCGACGACAAGGUAGUGUUGGAGGAUGGCAGCAUCUACGAUUGGAACCUGACGUACUACUCCUUGGACGACUACCGCAUUGCCAAUAACUUUCUGUGGUGGUAUCGAAGGACUGGCGAGGAAAAGUACCGUAUUGCGGCUCAUACCAUCCGCGAGCAAAUCAACCGCCAUCCUCGCACGCCGACGGGUGGCUUCUGGCACCGCCAGCCAAACUAUCCCAAUCAGAUGUGGCUCGACGGCAUCUUCAUGGUCGACAGUUUUUAUGCCACAUGGACCAAGUACUUCGACAAUGACAACACCACUGCCUGGGACGAUAUCCUGCUUCAGUAUGACAAUAUUGAGAAGCACACGCGCAACACGACCUCCAAUCUUCUUGUCCAUGGCUACGACGAGAGCAAGGUCGCCGUCUGGGCCGAUCCAGAAACAGGUGCUGCCCCACUGGUCUGGUCUCACUUCAUCUCCCUCAUCGAGGUCAUCCAGCUCUGGCCAGAAGCACACGUCGGGUACGACAAGCUUGUCACGUACUUCACCACCCUCGCAGAUGGCUUGCUCCGGGCACAGGAUAAGACUGGCGGUUGGUGGCUCAUCAUGAACGAGGGAUAUCCCGAAAGACAGGGCAACUAUAUCGAAAGCAGCGCCUCGGCCAUGUUUACGUACGGGCUCCUCAAGGGCAUGAGCCUGGGACUGAUCGACAAGGCCACCUACCUGGAGCCGGCGAAGAAGGCUUACGGGCUUUUGACCGAGCGCUUCGUUAGCAUCAACCAGAAUGGAACUAUCAACUGGGAGGGUACUGUGGCUGUUGGGUCCCUGAGCAGCAACGGCACAUUCGAGUAUUACAUCGGCGUCCCAAUUGUGCGCAACGACUACAAAGGAACCGGGCCCUUCAUGCUUGCUUCGUAUGAAUACGAGACUUGGGCUGCCCAUGCCUAGAGACUCAUCGGUACUGGUCAGGUCAGAUGCACAUGCAAAAUCCGUGAUCCUGUUACUGGGAGGCAUGGAUCGUCUUGUAGAAUGGGAAUCUGGCGGUGAUUCUCAGUAGUUCGUACAAGUUGUAAAGACGUGAAGGGGCAGACAUGGGAGCCAAUGCUAGAGCCGAGUUUCGCCUCGUCCCGAUAGCCGUCUUCAGUACACUACACUUGAU